AUGUCUUCCUCCAUUCUUUUCGCCGCUGGCCUCCUCGUUGGCGCCGCCCAGGCUUACACCCAGGUCAACGUCGCCUCUCCCUUUAUGCUCAAGAACAUCGACCCCAUCGUCUUCCCCGGCGAGUACAGCAAGUCUCACCUGCACUCGUUCUUCGGCUCCGACGCCGCCACUGUCAACACAAAGACCAGCGCCGAGCUCCAGAAGGGCUGCACCAACGCCGAGAACCCCAACGAUCUCUCCGUCUACUGGAUCCCUACGCCUCUCUACACUGCUGAUGGAAGCUCCUACGAGCCUAUUCCUGUUAUGCGCUUCAGCGCCUACUACAACCUCGGCGAGACCCCUGCCGAGGUCGCCAUCCCUCAGAACUUGAAGAUGGUUGCUGGUGAUGCCAACGCCCAGACUCAGGCCGACGUCCCUGCCGAUGCCAAGGUCGAGUGGAUGUGCGAGGGCGAGUCUGUCCCCAUCGGCGAGAACGGCUUCCCUACCUCAACCUGCGGCACUCACCUGCAGCAGCUCCUCUACUUCCCGCAGUGCGUCAACGAGGAGACGCUCGAGACGGCCUACAAGUCGCGCUCCUACGGCACAGCCAACUGGUGCCCUGAGGGCAGCAAGUCGAUGCCCCAGCUGCGCUUCAGCAUCCGCUACGACUUGCGCAAGGUUCUCCCCAACGGCUGGAGCGGCGAGGCGCCCUUCAAGCUGGCCUGCGGCAACGCCUGGUGCUCGCACGGCGACUUCAUCAACGGCUGGACCGAGGAGGCCGCGCAGAACAUGGUUGCCACCACCGAGGACAAGCGCAAGUUCUUCGAGGUCAACGGUGCUCUCGGAGGUUUCAAGGAUGGUCCUACCUGUGAGGCCAAGGACGCUGAUCCUGAGAACGGUACUAGCGACUAUGCUGAGAGUGUUGCUGCCAUGAGCAAGCGGGAUGUCUCUGCUUGGGGAUGGAAGUCCAAGUCUCGCUUCGUCCGAUCUGCUUAA